CUUCCUUCCUCUCCCGGUGGGCGGGGCCUCUUGGCUGCGCAUCGUCACACUCCGCAACUCCACAAAGAGAAGGAGACAAACCAUCAGGCCUCCUCCGUUUGUUCUCAGCGAAGCUUCGUGUCGCGCGACCCGGCCGUUUACCAGGUGUGACCCUUGACCCCGUCGUAAAGCAGCGAUGGGCACCGGACCGAAGGUCCAGGCCUCAUGAAGAUGACACUGAGUGGGGAGAUGACAGAACGAAAGGAAAUGUCCAGAUGACGCAGUCCAAAUAUGCGGACGUAGCAGGCUGUAUGUUUGAUUGACAGCUCAAAAUCAACAUCAACACACGCGUCUUCCUGCUGCCGCCCGCUCGUCAUCCAUCCAGCCAUGCUGUUGAGGAGGAAGCUGUGCGUUGCCGUAAUCAUCGCUGCCAUCCUCUUCCUCAUGUUCGCCAGUCAGAGCAUCCAGAUGGGACACUUCCUGCCUCUGUCAGUAGCCCCGCCCACUGGCAGGGAGACAGUUGAACCCACGGCGCCUCCUGCUGAUCUGACCCCCGACCCUCCCAAGACACCCACCCCUCCUCCCCGCCCCACUAAACCUGAAGCCAAGGUGAUCCCUGAAGAGAACUCCCAGCAUGACCCGCGGUUGUGUGGUUGUACCGAGUCCUGCAUUUCGGACCUGGGGAGUUCAGACUGGUUCAGUCAACGCUACGACCCCAAACAGCAGCCCGUCCUGCGAGACGCCAGCGACCACUUUGACUCUAAGGCGCUCAGUUGGUGGCUGAGUCUUCAGCGGUCUGGCAACGACCAGUCUCUCAAGGAAGUGAUGUCAGAGAUGUUCAAGGUUAUUUCCCCUCCCACUGUGGACUUCAGGCCCCUCCCCUCCACCUGCCGUAGUUGCGCGGUGGUCGGCAACUCCGGAAACCUGCGACGGUCAGGAAACGGCAACCUGAUCGACUCCCAUAAUUCUGUGAUCCGGAUGAACAAGGCGGUGACUCGAGGAUUUGAGGAAGAUGUCGGGAAUCGGACGACGCAUCACUUCCUGUACCCAGAGAGCGCGGUGGACGUGGCGCGCGGCGUCAGCCUCGUCCUGCUCCCGUUCAAAGUCAGAGACUUGGAGUGGGUGACCAGCGCGCUGUCCACGGGACAAGUCAAAAUGACCUACAUGCGGGUGAAAGACCGAGUGCAGGCUGAUAAAGACAAGGUUCUGGUGGUGAACCCAGUGUUCUUCAAGUAUGCUCACGAUCGAUGGAAUGAGAGUCACGGUCGCUACCCGUCCACCGGCAUGCUGGCCAUUAUCUUCGCUCUGCACACCUGUGACCAGGUGUCCGUGUUCGGGUACGGCGCCGACCAGCAGGGCAACUGGCAUCACUAUUGGGAGGAGAACCGCUAUGCCGGAGCCUUCAGGAAGACCGGAGUCCACAGCGCCGACUUUGAAACGCUCAUCAUCCGACGGCUCGCCAAGGAGGGAAAGAUCAGUCUGCACCUGUGACCACUGACCUGCACACCUGGUAUUGACCGAUCUGCUGCACCCCUCACAGGCCGACAGCGCUGAUGGUCUACUGAAGGACCGACCCACAUGUAGACUCACAGAGCAAUCUUCUUAUUAACCAGUAUAUCAUUCUCCACUCAAUUCUUGUAACCACGAAGAGGCUCCAUCUCACCGCGUGUCGGCACAUACGGUUGUUGUCCAAAUUUGAGCCGACUGAGCAAAACUGUCAGCUUGUUUCGGGGUAAUCAGACCUGUGUAAAAAUCUCAGGUCAGAUAUCCUUCCUCUGCAGACUCCUGCUGGUUUAAGUGAGUUCCCGCUCGAGCUGAACAUGUUUUCUUCACGACCCUCCACUAUUUCAACUACAAGGAUUGACCACAGCAUUUUUUGCUCCAAGCGGGAAACAACCACAGACUUUUUAUAGAUUUUCUAUUGAAUUUUUUUAAACAGUAUAAAGGUAUAACCUCUUUUCCUUUGUACUAUGAAAGCACUUUGCCCUGAAGAAGAAAUGGCACAAAGGGGCCAUUUGGUUGCUUCUCUUCUCCAACAAUGUUACCUUUUAGACCUUUUAUAUUUUACAUUGUUCAUAAUCCAUCCAUUUAUUCUAACGAAGGCUCAACACAAACCAUCCUGAUUUGGAGGAUUGUCUUUGCCCUGACAGAUUAGAACUAGCUCAAGUUUUCUGUCUCGUCCACAUUCUUCUCGACCGUUGAAUGUGGUCCAAGAGGACUCAACUCAUUUUACUGAUGCUGGAAAGUAGUGAUGUAACUCCUGAUGAUGAUGAUUCAUUUAACAAGAAGAAGUUCAAAACCAUCAGUGACACCACAUGUGUGUGUGUGGUGUGUGUGUGUGGUGUGUGUGUGUGUGAGAGAGAGAGAGUGUGUGGUGUGUAGUGUGUGUGUGUGUGUGUGUGUGUGUGGUGUGUGGGAGAAAAAGUACUGCAAUGUAAGUCCAACCAAAAAGAAGAACCCACCACGUGAAUGGAGUGAGUCAUCAGGGCUGUCAGUACACCCGUACUGUGAAUGUACAAAAACUGUUGCUGGUUGUCAUGGUGAUCUGAAUGAUUGUGGCUUUGUUCACACUUUUGCUGUUUCAUCAAGUUUUCUCACUGAGAAAGUUUGAGUCUGAUUCUGCGUUUGCUGCGUUUUUGAACCACUUAUAAUACUAUACAUACAUCUGUAUAUGUAGAUGUGUAUAUACACGCAUACAACAGCAUGUAAAUAACACAAUGGCUAUCCUGCCGUACCAUCAUUGUAGGUCAGAUACUGCCCGCUUCGAUCGUACGCGGGCCAGACCAUUGAAAUCAUAAUGUGGGUGGCGGUGGUGUUGUAGGUGAUGAAAUUUCCAUAUGACAAAGUCUAAAUUUGACUUUUAGAUGUUGAAACGGUAAUUUGUUAAUCCGUCCACCUUUACCCCAAUUUUUUUCAUGCAAUUUGUCAGUUUUCUUUUAAAUGUCACUUUUUAAUUGGGAUUUUCUAGAGGUGGAUUUACACCUCUACAUUCCCAUAAUGUAGAAAAGGGAGAUUAUAAAGAGACAGGCACUAUGACAGAGCGAAUCUUAUCAUAAAUAUUCAGACAUCCGAGAACCAUUUUUUUUGCAAAACAUUUUAUUGUGUUUCUCUUACAUGUUUAGUAGCAACCCACAGUACAAGUACAACUCUGUAAAAUGUCCGUCUCACUUCGGCUGUAUCAGUCUCUUCUUCAAAUGUCUCUCUCGUAAUGUAUCUCCUGCAAAAAAUGCCACAAAUGCAGCCGAGGUUUUCAGUGGGAUUAAUAACUGUGUUCCGAACCGACACAAUUACCACUUUAAGGUCAAAUCAGGUCGAUAUGAGCCAAAUUCUGCCGAUCGCACCGUAAAAAGCUUCUGCUUCAAACUAACUUGUUGGUGCUCGGCCCUAUGAGCCCGUCGGCAUAGAGUCCUCCCGGCCGCGUCGCACCGCUUCCCCGAGCUCCGUCCAACCAAUCUGUCUCCAUGGCGACAGAGAUGAUGGGAUGCAGCUGGUGGGGGGUCUUUUUAGACGACCCAACAAGCACUUUGAAGCCUCUGCAAAGAAUCAUGAAGCUGAAGUAUCAUCUGGAGGCUGAUGCUCCGAUGUUCAAACACGCUGCAGUUUAGAGUUCAACGCGGUUCGUCUGGAACAAGUCGAGUGGUCUCUUUCAAAAUGCAGAGUCAACGGAAUCUUAAACAUCUGCUGCUUGUUUUUACAGUGUUUUGGGGGGCUGAGGCUUUAUUGACUUCUCCAGGAAAACAACACUUCCUGCUGGUAAACUGGGUAAUGGUUUUCUUGUGUGAAGAAGGUUAAGCCCUUAAACAACAAAUCUGCAGCCCUCCAGAGUCCUGAUGUGGACAUCUGGACGGAAGGUUUUGGAAUUUGCAAAUAAAUGUAGUUAUAACUGAGUAUAAAUCCAAAGUUGUGCUUGUUAGAUUCCCUGCAUUCCGGAUAUUUUCAGGUCAUUACCAAUAGAUAAAAUCAAGCGAUGAUGAAGUGUGUUCAGUCAAAUAGCUUUAAUUCAGCUCAUCAUGUUUAAGCUGUGAUUGUUGAUAAAAGAAAAUGACAUUUUCCCCUUAAGCACCCUGUGGACCGUGGAUUGAUUCCUUCGUUCAUUGUGACACACAAGCACUGUGGAUCUCAAACUAAACACUUAAAAAAUAAAAAACUAUUUGAUACA